UGUGUGAACUGAUUUACACAUAAAUUCGCGAAUAGUUAUUUAUUUUCCUAUAUGAAAGAAUAAAUAAAAUAUAUAUUUAAUUGUGAAUAUUAUCUUAAAAUGUAAACUAUUUUUGGAAACAGGGUCAUGGCCCAGAAGUCAGAAAUCUCUGGACAAUUUCCCAUAUAUAUAUAUAUAUAAAUAUUCUUAAAUAUUUCUUAUUUUAAUCGAAUGUAAUUUUUGUUUCUUAAAAUUAUUACUUGAUAAUCAUUCAUAUUAAGUAAUUAAUAUAAUUCUAAUAAUUAAGUGUUUCUGUUUAUAAUAUCAAAUAGGGAUAAAAUAAUUUUAUUAUGAAAAUUAAUGAAGUAUUGUUCAAAUUUUCGAAGAAUACUUUAUAGCUAUCGUGUAAAGACUAUUGAACUAUUUUAUAAUUAUUAUUACGCUAUAGAUAAUUUAAAAACCAUAUCAAACUUUUUGUACCUAAAGCCGUCGACACAUUAUGCAUAUUUAUAAAGGAAACUUAUCAACGUCAAUAUCUAUAUCUGUCUACAUUUUGUGUCAAACGUUCAAUAUUACAGAACGUCCUCAUUUUAAAGUGACUCCUACAAUUCUUUCAUUCACUAAUACUUUUUUCUUUUUAUGAAAAUCACAUUCUUCUUUUAUACAAUUGAUUUACUUUUAGAACAAGUGAAAAUAACUUUUCUCUUUGAUCUUUAUGAAAAAUGACAAUAAUUUAAUUAAACAUUUUCUCCGUUGUUUUAUAUGAUGUCAUUGAUUUUCAAAAUUGAAUAAAAUAAUAAUUAAAAUUAAAUUAAAAUAAUAUUAAUUAUUAAUUUAUUUUCUUUUGAAUUAUUUAAAUAAAGAAUAAUGUCAGUAAUUUAAAUAUAUAAGACUAAAUGAAAUUCAAUGUUAGUGAUACAAUAAUUAUUAAAAUCUCUGCGCAGUUAGUAGUUAAUUACCUUACCGUUUUUGUCAAGGUCUUGCCGGGUCUUUACGUUGGCAAUUAUCGUGACAGUAAGGAUGCCACACAACUGGAGCGUUAUGAAAUCACUCAUAUCCUUGCCAUACAUGAUGCAGCACGUCGUCUUCAUUCUGACAAGCAUUACUUAUGCAUAUUAGCGGCUGAUACACCGGACCAAAAUUUAUCACAAUAUUUUUCUCUCUGCAAUGAUUUUAUUCACGCAGCACGUCUUCGAGGAGGCAACGUUUUAAUUCACUGUUUAGCCGGAAUGUCACGAAGCGUGACGGUUGCGGUCGCAUACAUCAUGAGUACCACAAAUUUAUCGUGGAAAGAUGCGCUCAAAGUGGUAAGGGUUGGACGAGCAGUGGCAAAUCCAAAUGUUGGAUUUCAACAACAACUCGAGGAUUUUGAAGCUACUCGUCUUCAAGAGGAGAGAAGAAGAUUAAAAGAACGUUUUCCCAGUUUGGCUCUCGCCUCAUCAGAUGGUGAAGCUUGUAGAGCGACUUUGAGAAAUUAUGAGACUUUAGCAUUGGCUCGAGAAGUCUGCGAGGGAAAAUGUGCUAUGGGUCGUCCUUGUCCAACCGGAUUAUGCAGGCAACCUUCCAAAAGAGCUUUGAGAAGAAAAUCAUCUUCAAGCAGUACAGGAAGUCUAACUGGUGGAAGAACACCACCUCAAACCCCGAGAAUGUUACCUUCGGCGCCACCUUCACCAGCUUUGCCCAGAUCAUGUAGUUCAGUUUCAGCCAUAAAACCACGAAGUGCUCCAGUUGGUUUAUAUUCUUAUACUGGAUCUGCUCCUCCAUCACGUGCUGUAUCAAGAGUUGAUCUCUCAGCAGCUGUGGCAUGUAGCAGUAGCAGUGUCAGUCUUUCAAAUAUGGGACGAACUGGACCGGGAAGUUCCUGGAGGUUAACGGCAGGAUCCGCUCCAGUGACACCAAGAACAACGCCACCAGUAUCACCACAACACUGGCCAAGGCGUGUUCCAUCACGACAAACACCUCAACUUCCAGUGCCGCCCGAAUCUCCGUCACCGUUGACGUAGCAUUAUGAAUUCGUCAGUCCCUUUCGGAAUCUGACGAAAUGACUUUAUUUUUCAUUCAAUUUUCACACACUCCCAAAUGAGUCCAAAACGAAAAAUGUCUUUGUGAAAACGAAAAUCGUUUUCCCUCAGGAUGUAUAUUAGGACAAGAACGAAUCAUUUAUUAUGAGGUGGGGAAAAAAAAAUUUACACAAUUUUACAAUAAUAAUUUGCUUUUUUUGAGCCCUCAUAGUGAUUUUUAAGAAAAAAAAGGACAAAUUUAGUCCAAUUAUUUUUUGCAUUGAGAGGCCGAUUUUAGAAUAAUAGUCAAAUUUUGCGAAUAUUUCUCAAAUGAAUAUGUUUAAUAUGAGAAAUGUUUGAUUUUAAUAAUCGACAGAUUUUUUAAGAAAACCCAAAUUGUUUUUUAGAUAUAUAUAUAUAUGCGUUUAAUCGAUCUGUUAUCGAGUUUCAUUCGUUAAAAAUGUUGAUCGUUAUUUAGUGGGAGAGAUAUUAGUCUUAUUAGCCAAAUAAUAAGAAUUUUAACUUUUAUCAAAUAGGUUAUUAAAAAAUAUUAAUAAUAACUAUAAAAUAAUUGUUUCGUGAUUAAAUUAUUCGAGAUUUUGAAUUAUAAUUAUAUUGUUACAGUAUUUUUUUAAUUAAAAAUCAAUUCCGAUCGACAAUCUUUUCCUUUUUUUUUUCUUCUUGUGGGAAAAAACUGCCGGUCUCCGAAUAAUGAAAUGUUCGGUUUUUUUGUGUGUAAAAAAACUGCUUUAAUGUCACGUCCAGGCAGUGUCCAUGCAAAAUCCAAAACCUUAAUAUAUGGAUUUUUGCACCAAAUGCCGAUUCAAUGUCUUUCAGAAGUUUGCUAAUUAAGAUCACGCUUGAGCUUAUAUGGACAAUUUUAACAUCUUUCAAUAUAUAUAAAGUGGAAGGCUAUUUUAAAAAAUUUUAAAUGUUGAGGAUCGCUCAACUUUUUUUGAAAAAAAAUGUCCUGCAUUGAUCGCGCAGCCGUCCAAAAGAUUGUUGGCUUUCUUAAAAGGGAUACAAGAAAAAUAUAUAUAUAUAUAAUUAAAACAAAAAUGCAUUAAAAAUAACAUGUGCAAUUGUUAUUUACAAACACAAGUGAAGUAAUGUUGUUGUGGGGUGUUUAGAAAAUUUUAUAAUUGUUGGCAAAAAAAAAGUUACAAGAAUUUUGUAAAUAUGCACGUAUUAUUAAUCUUAAUUAUAAUAAUCAUCAGCAUCAUAGAUAAGAAAGAGAAAGUAUCAUAAACAAAUAUAAAUAUCAGAAUUUUUAGUAUGAAGACUGUGAACGUUCGAGAAAUAACAAAUUAAUUUAAUUUUUGAUUAAAAAUUGAAACGUAUUUUGUUUCUUUAAUACCAAAAAAGAAAAAUUGUUAUUUGAAAGAUAAAACUUGAAAUUUUAUUUGAAAUGAUUUAAAUAUUUUGAAAACGUUUCUAUAUAUUCAAACUUAAUAAAUUUAAAAAAAUCAUACUCAAAUUCCAGGACUUUGAAAUAAUGCACAAAAGCAAUGUAAAAAAUGAAACACACAUGAUCACUAAGCUCGAUGCGAGAUAUUUGUAAAUAUUAAAAAUUUGGGAGCAUCGUAAAUUAGAGAAAAAAGUUAAAAUUCUCCAUUUCUGCUUUCUUUUGACUAAUGGCUCUUGUUUGUAAAAGAAAUAUAUAUAUAUAUUUAUUGAAAAAAAAAUUUUCUUGCAAAAUAAGCUUGAAAAGUGAUUAAACAAUUUUUUUUUGUAAUAUUCAAAUUGAAGUCUAAUUUUUAAUUAAAAAUUUUAUUACUAAGAAAGAUAAAUCAAGCGAAACUAUUAAUAUAAAAAGUAGGUUUACAACUGAAAAUAUCGUCGAUGCUGCAAUUUUAUACAAAACUGAGUUUAAAUAAAAUUUUAAUUAAAACAAAAAAAAAAAAAAUGCAGUGCAUUCGAAAUGUAGUUUUAAAUUCUCUAGCUAUAAGUAGGUGAACAUAAAAUAGAAAAAUUUAGAAACAGUGCAAUUCUCAAAUUUCUAUUUUAAAUGAAUCGAAAUAUCAUUUAAUGGAAAUUUUUUUUCUGCAAAUCCAUAUUACAUUUAUUCUAAAAAAUUUGAAAGAAUUUAAAAAAAAAUAAUUAUUCCCUUGCAAUAAUAUAUAAAGAAACACUUGCGGAUGUGAUAGUGAGAAAUAAAAUGAAUUUAAAAUAAUCAACAUACAAGGGAUGACAGCUAAUAAUUAAUUAAGUUUUUUUUUUAUUUUUCGAAUGAAUUUCUAAUUCAUUUUCUAAAUGGUUUUAUUCUCUCUGUAUAAAUUUAAUUGUCAUUCUUUCUGUGUAAAUUUAAUUUUUAUUAAUUAAUUAAUUCACAAUCAUUCUUGCAUUUUACAUUAUCAAUUUUCUCUCCCUCAUUAUUAGAAAACAAUUUUCUCAUGAGAUCUAUCAUUAUUACUGAUGCAAGUUGGAAAUGCAAACACAAUGACUUUAAAACUAAACACUGAAACAUAAUCACAAUUGCUUAAGUAAAAAAAAAUAUCUUUGGCUGUGUUGAAUCCUUUCAUCAACAGAUCUUAAAAAUGAUAUAUUUCUUUAACUUCGUUCUAUAUUAAAUGCAAAACAAUGAAAGUACCUGGAAAAUCUGUUUAUUCUCUUAAUUAUCUAUUAUGAAAUUUAUAAAUAAAAUAAUUAUAUAAAUAUAAUACAGUCCGAAUAAGAAUAAAGAAAA